AACAGUUUGUGCUGACAUGAUAACUCACCUGAUUUUACUAACAAUGCUCUGUCCUUUUUUCGGACACAUAAAAGGCUCUGGGAUGAGGACAGGCCUGUCCUGUUGACCUACACAGUCAUGAUGGGUAAGAUCAUCUUCUAUGAGGGCAGGAAUUUUGAGGGACGCCACUAUGAGUGCAGUGGUGACUGCGCUGACAUGCACUCCCACUUCUCCCGGUGUAACUCCAUCCGGGUGGACAGUGGGUGCUGGGUGGCCUAUGAGAAGUCUAACUAUUCUGGGUACCAGUACAUGCUGACAAGGGGGAAGUACCCCGACCACCACCGCUGGUCCGGCUUCAACGACUGCAUCCGCUCCUGUCGCAUCAUCCCUGCUUAUAAUGGAAACUACAGGAUGAAGAUCUUUGAGAGAUCAGACUUUGGGGGCAAGAUGAUGGAGCUGAGCGAUGACUGUCCCAACCUGCAGGACCGCUUCCACCUGAGAGACAUCUCAUCCUGCAAUGUCAUGGAGGGCUACUGGAUCCUUCAUGAGCACCCCAACUACAGGGGUCGUCAGUACUUCCUACGCCCUGGCGAGUACAACAAGCACAGCGACUGGGGCAGCAUGAGCUCCACCAGUGGCUCAGUGCGUCGCGUCAUAGAGCUGAAGCAAACCAACCAAUAAAUCAGAGUCUCUAGAUCUCUCUCUCCUGCCAGGCUAGAUCUCUCUAAAAGCCUGUAGAAUUCUGUACAGGGGUUGACAAAAUGAGUCAAUCUCAACAUACGGUUGGUGUCAGGGAAUAAGGAGAUUCUCCUUUAAUAAUUAGUAUCACUGGAUGAUAAUAUGACUGGGCUGAAGUAAGAAAGCAGUGUCUUGGAAUCCUGGUGUAGAUGUACAAAGAGCAUUUAGAAGGUUUUAUGCAGACAGAAGUGCAUUUAUACACACCCUCCGCUCACAUUGAAUAAUUAACCAGUGGAUGGUAGGAUGGAACAGUAUAUUUAAUUGUGUCCCUAAUGCAGCGGCAAAGACAGUUGCAACUUCUUCCAACUGAGAAGCCUGCUUAAAUUGUUGUGGUGUUUUAACAAUAUUCUGACCUCCUAAAUUCAAACACAUGAAUUUGUGUCUGAGGCAAAAUCACUUUGUUAACUUGUCAAUGUUACACUUGUCAUGGAAUUGCCACCAGGGACUCAAAAGUCAAACUUGAAUGAAUCAUUCUUUAUUAUAAUCAUUCUUUAUUAUAAUCAUUCUUUAUUAUCAGAAUGCUGGAGAGGUCACAGUCAAACUUAGAUGCAUAAAGUACCGGUCUGAAAUGAGCUCUUUCAGGGCAGUCCUUUAAGUUCUCUUAUAUACUGCUUACACAGACAAGUUACUGUAUGUAGGCAUGGUUCAUAGGCUUGGUUCCUGCAUGUGUCUGGUACAGUGUCCUAUCUUAACUUUUAGAACAUUCUGACAAAAGGUCUGAGGAGGGGGUCAUGACCGUCUCCCACUCAUAUCUCUACCAAGCACCCACAGGAACCAAUGAUUGUAUGAGACAAGAUGUACAAAGUUGUCUCCAGACUAUGCAUUUAUCCUCCACAUUCCCUACUUUUAUCACUUCUAUGAUAAUAAUCGUUACAAAUUUAAUGAGAUAAACACUUUCAAACCCUUCAUUCUGGGUUAUACAAUCUAAUUAUUAUGGUAAUACUAUCAUCAUAAUAAAGGUUAUGCUUCUAUUAACGGCAGUGAAUUUAUCAAAUAUACACACACAUACACAGCAUGUUAAAAUUAGGCAAACUAAGCAAAAAACACACGCUGCAGCCUAUUUGGCAAUAUGGGAUCCCCAACUUCCAAAUAGGGAUUCCAACCAAGUUUUAAGCGUCCACUUUGUUUGUGGGGAAUUAUUCUUAGCAACAGUGACAAUGUAUUCGGCGAGAUCAGGCAUAUUUGAAGAAUUGAUCUGGGACAAAAGUACAACAUUUCAUCGCCAAAGAUUGCACGAGUGCCCCCACCUGCCAAGACUAAAUCAAUUACGGGCACGGUUGACCUCACCCCUCCUUCACGGCACUCAUUCUUCUGGUGUUUCUUCAUUUUCUUCUUCAGAUAGCUUUACAGUUUGUCCUCCCAAUAUCACACAUGUUCAAAGUGCAUGGCCUUUGAUCAUGUCUCCAUUCCAAUAUCUGGGGAAUAAUCAGAUUUUCCCAAGCAGACAAAUCUCUCACCUGAGCCGCCACUGUCUUUUACGGCCCAUUAUGUCUUGUCCAUUUACCUACCAGUACACCAGCAGCAUGAGAGAAGUUUGGACGGGGUCUCUCUCUAUGCUCGCUCCACUUGGACUCAUGUUGCACUCCCGGCAUAAGGCAUAAGGCAUAAGAGAAAAGGCAUGAGAGAAAAGGCAGUUGAUAGCUUCGACUGGAUGCUGUGUACAAGUUUCUGGCUCAGACUCAGGUCUCAGGUAGAAGUAGUGAAGGACCAUAAUGAAUGCCAUUAUCGCUAUUACUUCAGCCAGUUAGAGGGGGUGAGGUAGAGGGGGUGAGGUUCACACUGUUCUCAGUCAAAUUAUCUCUUCCCAUUACUUUUAGAUACCAUCUGUGGUCACCUUUCGCCAUAACCUGAUGAGAGGA